UGCUAUAUAUGUCAAACAUAACUUAGAAGAAAUUUGACUAGGCAAUUUGACACCUUGAAAUUGGGCCUCUGUCUCUUUAAGAAGCUCCUUUCCGGCACUCACGCCUUCAGCACGUUGUCAUGACGUUGAGCCGUUUCCAAGCGCUCUUUGGAGCACUGGACAGAGAAAUAGUGCGUAUAAUAAGCUCUGCAGAUGUGCAGGCUCUAGGUCCACCGGGGCGUUUACACAGCUGAAUGGUUGCCAUGGGAGAUUCAAAGGAUUUCUCAAAUAUGCAUGUAAGAAUCAAGGCAACAGUUGGUAUGUUUUUGAUGAGGGAAUAACAUCAUAACAUGAUGUAAAGCUCCAAAAAGUCGCUUCUACGCAACGCUGUCCCUUUAAGAGAAAUUAUAAACUCCCCUUCCCCAAACCUCAUGAUGGGUAGUUAAUAGAAUAAAUAGAUACAUGUAUAUGUUUACAUGCUAAUUUGUGUAUUAUAAUAAAUUAGAAUCUGAUUUAAAUUCAUGGGAACAUUGUUUCGUCCAUGUUUCAGUCAUCGCUUCAGCUUCUAAUCGUUGUUCACACCGCAAUCAGAAGGCGCUAAUGGACAGAAUCAGGUCAUUUCUUGACACCUGUAAGAAGAAAACAACGUGGCAGAACGAGGAGCAGCGGUUGCCAUAGCAGCAUCUUCCUGGUCAGUGUCGCAGGUGGGCAGGGGGCGACCUGUCAUGAGCCGCUGCUGACGCCUAUCACGUGCGCCGAGCUUUCCAUCCAGAGAGCCCAGAAGUCGGUUUGAAGGCAGUUCUACGAUUAAACCCAACCAGAGAGCUGAAAGAUUAAGGACAAAGGGCAGGAAGAGGAGUUUUUCUCCUUUACCUCGAUAAGAUCAAACACACAGAGGGACCAACUGCAGGAUUUUAUCUCUGCAGACACUCAGCUUUUCUGCACCGCCCGGCCGCCUUCCAAAUCCUCACUAAACGUUCAUCUGGUGACCUAAAUUACUCCUGGAGAGGUGGCGGCCUCGCGACGCGGUCCUCGCGCACCUUGGGCGGCGUUCACGCUGAAAUCUUGAGCUUUCCACAGGGAGACGUCGCCAUGCCGACAGUGAAGAGCAAGAAGAAGAAAGCGAAGAAGGAGGUGAUGGAGGCAGAGGAGCAGGGCGAAGUGGGGCAGGAGGUGGAGAUGGAGGACAGGAGUAACUCCGACAGCAGAGACCAUCUGACCCCGGAUCUGCACGACGCAGCGCCGCACAAGAAGAAGAAGAAGAAAAAGGCGUCAACUAUUGAUCAGGAAACAGAACACGGGGAUGUACCAAACGGCAACACGGCCGAGGCGGCCGGGGAAGGAGAGGAGAUGACUGUCGCCGUCACCAGGAAGACAAAACGGAAGAAGAAGGCGAAGGCGACAGAGCACUACAGCAACGAUCUGGAAGCUGAAGACGAGGACAUCGUCACCAACGCUCAGUCUCCCAUUCCCCAGCAUUCCCUGUUCUCCGCCCCGCACGGACACGGCCAGCCGGUCGGCAAAGUUUUUGUGGAGAGGAACCGGCGUUUCCAGGCCGACCGAGUGGAGCAGCUCAGGCACUCGGAGCUGACUGAGGACUAUAUGGACACCAGGCAGAUCUGGACCACUAGGGACGUCUCUCUGAAGGUUCACAACGGCUUCAGGGCAGUCGGUCUGUUCUCUCAUGGGUUCCUGGCUGGCUACGCGGUGUGGAACAUCAUCGUCGUGUACGUGUUGGCCGGCGAGCAGAUGACCACGCUGCACAACCUGCUGCAGCAGUACCACCCUCUGGCCUACCCGGCUCAGUCUCUGCUCUACCUGCUGUUGGCCGUCAGCACAGUGUCCGCAUUCGACAGGGUCAACCUGGCCAAGACGUCUAUGGCCUUGAGAGGCUUCCUCACUCUGGACCCGGUGGCCGUGGCUUCCUUCCUGUAUUUCAUAGCCCUGAUACUGUCCCUCAGCCAGCAGAUGACCAGCGACCGCAUCAACCUUUAUCCUACAGCCAAUGAGACUCUGUGGCCUCCAGGCUCCGAGCAGCAAAUCUUGCGGCCGUGGAUCGUGGUCAACCUGGUGGUGGCGCUGUUGGUGGGCGUGGCAUGGGCCGUCGUGUCCACGCGGCCAGACAUCGACUACACAGAAGAAUUUUUGAUGACGAUGGAGGUGGAGGGUUUCCCUAGAGGAGAUGAAAACCUGGACAUCCCUGCCUAAAACCAGACCUGUUGAAUAUCUGUCAGCCCGUGUACUAGACUCAAAACUGAAUGGUUAUUUGAUGUAUGAUUUUGUACAAGUAAAUAUGUAUUAUUUGUUUGCUAAAUGUCGUUUUGUAAAUAAAUAAAUGUGUUUAUGUACAGUAA